UUUCUCAGUCUAUAGACUAGCUUUCCACAUUUGUCAUCAAGGACAAUACAGCCUACUACCAAACACGAGAGAAAAGUUUUGCCAGCGCACACACACAAAGCAACGAGCAGAAACCCAAUGGACUCAAAGACCCACAGUUUAUGGAUGCCUUUCCCCUUGAAGUCAUGCCGGUGGAGUCAAGUCCUGCAUGGUUUUACAGUAAUUUUGGCAGUCGGUCUUCUGUUUGUCUUGAUGUUGUUGUCAUACACGUUCUGCGAGCUUUCCCUUAGGCCUCACCAGCAGCAGUACAGUAACGGACCUGACAGACUCGUCUCCAAUGAAACGCAGACGCUCCGAACCCCUGAGGGCCCGGAUCCAACGUUCCCUGUGAGUGACGACCCGGGCUUCAGUCCAGAGGAGUGGGACCGGAUACAACAGGCGGUCCGCUGGGCCGAACCGGACCACGAGAUUAGCAACGCAAGUGUGUGCACGAGUGCAGCCCACUCCACCUUCAUUAUUAAUAACUUCAAGGAGAAAUACACAGUGGAAGAGGAAGUCCUCGCCACCAUCAUCGCCAAGGAUUUCACUGGUACGCCAAAACGCUACGGAGGAGACUUCUUCCAGGCCAAGGCUUAUUCAGACAAAUUAAAGGCCAGUGUGUUUGGAGAGGUCCUGGACCAUCGGAAUGGCACCUACACGGCCCAGUUCAAGCUCCCGUGGGCCGGCCCGGUGAAGCUGGCCGUGCGCCUGAUCCACUCCAGUGAGGCGGUGCACUUCCUCAAGCAAGGCCGCCGCACCUACAACAACCACUUCUUCUUCUGGAACUACUUCCUGGGCACAAGUCAGCAGCACGGGGGUGCCCAGGUGGAGGAGGUAGUGGAAUGUAAGGUGAAGUGGCCGGGCGUGGUGCUGUCGUCGUCGCCAAGGGGACGGUGCGAGUACCACGAUGCCCACACGGGCCUCACCUGGCAGUGCCACAAACCCCCGACACUGACUUGCCAGGACCGUGUGUUCCACUCAGGAGGUGUAUUCACGAAACACCUCACCGCCCUGGAGGAGGUCCUCAUGGACAGUGGUGAGAGAGCCGUGCAAACCUGGACUUCCCACACCAGUGCCAGCAGGAUUUUUCCUGAACGAUGUGUGGACGUCAUUUGUCUGUGCCACCCGACAUUUCACUGUUCCAGACUCGCUCAAUGCCUGAGGGACAAACACAUCUACAUCAUGGGAGACUCCACCAUCAGACAGUGGUUUUUAUACCUCUUUAAGGCUGUACCAACUCUUAACCGCGUCUACCUCCCCAUCAACGUCCAGAUGGGGCCCUUAAAGGCCGUAGACCUGAAGAACAACAUCGUCAUGCAUUUCCGCUCGCACGGCCUCCCUCUGCACUGCGGCAAGAUUCCCGUGGAGUACUUCCACUACAUGAGCAGCGAGAUCGACGGCCUGCCUGGCGGCCCGGACACCGUGAUCAUGUUCAACUUGUGCGCGCACCUCGCCAGUUACCCACUCACUUACUACGGCUACCGCGUCUGGCUAAUCCGGAGGUCGGUCGUUGCCCUCUUGAAACGAGCGCCAGGGACCAGGGUCAUCAUCAAGACAGCCAACACGGGGUACAACAAAAAGCAUUUUUAUCGCAGUGAUUGGCUCACUAUGCAAGUGGACCGGAUCCUGCGCGAGGCCUUCCGUGACAUGGGAGUCUACAUCGUGGAUGUGUGGCAGAUGACCGCCUGCCACUACUUGAAGGAUGACCUCCACCCUGCCCCACUGAUAGUCCAAAAUGAAGUCGACAUACUUCUCUCUUUUAUUUGCCCUCUCUAAGAAUGCAGCUCCUCUCUCAUUAGUGCGUCAUCUGUCUGUGUGUGCGUGUGUGUGUUUCUGUGUGUGUCUGUUUUUUUUGUUUGUCUGUGUCUGUUUGUG